UUCGUUUCCGCCGUUCUCCGUUUUCUUUCGGUUCCUUCGGUUUCUGUUCUUCUGUUUUUUGUUCGGUGGUGUCGAGUGAUAUCAAUUCAUUGAAAUAACUGCUGGUACUUGCAAUACUGGUAACUCUGACAAAAAACAACGCGAAAGUUUUCUACUGCCAGUGUGGAGGGAAAAAAUCAAUCUAAAAAACACGAUGUCACAAUGCCACAGAACAAACAGCAGGAUAUCAUUGACAGUGGACACGUGACCAAGAUCGAACUGGAGCUGGAAGAAGCUCCGGACGAUUCGAUUCCAGUUGGAUCAAUGCCACCGGAAUUGGAUGUCACUGCUGAAAUCAAUUCCACCUAUCCGGAUGGUGUUCUAGGGCCAGAUGCAGUUGUAGUCAGAGCUGAAGAAGCUUUGAUAGUUAUUCUAGUACUUUUCCUAUGGGCCGCAGCAAUUGCUUUGUUCUUCAAUCGAUGGGGUAAGAUCAGGAUGUUGGAACCAUAUCAACCAAAAUUUCAACAACAACACAGACCAAGCUGUACUACAAUCGAGCAGAAUCAACUUCAGAACCGGCGCACGUACUCAAAAUGUAAUGUUCUCUGCGGAGAAUAUCCUGUGCGACUGGAAUUGAACUCUAAUUCGGGUGAAAUGCGACCAAGGCAAAACAGCGUCUUCAUUGGUACCAGCUCGUGUUUGCUUCCCGGCAGCCAAGGUACACCACGUCGUACAAAAAGUGCGCUCGACCUUCAGUUUCUGGUUUUUUCGGAGACUAAUGCGGAAGGCUCUGGCGAGCAGGAUGCACCGAGAAGCUUCAAACCAGCCAGUGAAUCCACGAAACUUUUGCAACGCGAACGAAAGACUAGUAUCUGCCAGUUCGACAGAAACGAGGCGAUGAAACCAUCUUUUCGAGACAGAGGAAUGAGCAUUUGUCAAUUCGAUGCUGCCCCGAAAUUAUGGCAACGAGAUCGCGGGAUGAGUAUUUGUCAGUUCGACACAUCCUCGAAAUUAUGGCAGCGAGACCGCGGGAUGAGUAUCUGUCAAUUCGACAGAAUGGACGUUCUCGCCCGGCCAUUACAAAGAGACCGUGGCGGUAGUAUUUGUCAAUUCGACAGAAUGGAUGUCUUGGCCAGACCGUUGCAAAGAGAUCGAGUGGGUAGUGCGUAUCACUUUGAUAGAACGGAAGUUUUGGCCAAGCCCAACUUUUCUUUUGGAAAAUCAUUACCGAGAGAGAGACGCGUUAGCAUGUGCAACUUUUUAGAAAAAGACGAGGAAGCUGCGAAAGCUAUGCAAAAAGAAAGACGUUCGAGUAUGAAUGUUGAAAGAAUUCCAAAGGAUAAUCCGUCAAUCGAGGAAAUAGGAAAUGAUACGGAACAGCAAGAGAUAUUUGCUAAGUGCACACUUAGAGAAAAGAAAAGUAACAUUUAUCAACACGACCAGCCAUCUUGUAGUAAGACAGCUGACCUCGUGUACGGAUACAAAGCUACAUGCGUGUAGCAUCAGAAAAUUACGUAAUUUAUCUUGAGGGAACAAUAAUAAUGACAAGAUCAAUCUACAAAUUAACAUUUUCAUGGAUGUUUAAUUUACACAUAAUAAGAUAAACAUUAUUUUAAAUGUACAGUAAACUUGUAGAAAAAGCGUUCCUUCUGCGAUUUCGAUGAUUUUUGAAUGUGUUGUAAAAUUCGACAUUUUAAGCAACUUCUAUCCGUUGUUUGUGUGAGUGCACGUAUACGCCAUGCGCGAGAGAGAUACUCAAUUUCGUAGAAUCGAUUUUUCGUCUCGAUAAUUGCAUAAAUAAAAUUUUCGCGAGUACAGCACACACGGCUAGACUUCAGUACAGGUCGGUCUGAUCCGCUUGAACGCUAAUAAACACUUUACGUUGAGAAAAAUCGUAUUUUCGAAAUUGUAAGAUUGAGACAGACGCUGUUGUAAGCAAACAACAUGGCUGCCGAAUGCUGCGUUCGACUGCAUUUUAGCAAAUAUUGUUUUUUCACCGAUAGCACACCAGACCGACCUUCCUUGUACUAGCACAAUAUCACUGAAAUUCGAUUUUUCAGAAUUUACCACUUCUGGAAGACGUAAAACGAAAUUUACGAUUUGCACGCAUCAGACGUCAAAUAGACGGAAGAAUAGUUCACUGAUUUUCCGUCAG